AUGAUAGACGAACACGAUUCUGGCGACUACACCUGCAAUCACUGUAGCUCUAAGGCCCGUCUGGGAAAGAAGCAACUUGGCCGACCCACACAUCUCAGCAUCUACAAUUUCGCUAGCGCAAUGGCGGAUCCGUUCGCCCAAGCCGUGUUCCGAGCGUACCGCGACGGGCUUCUUGCUUCACAGCUGCAGGCGGAAAACACGAACCCUGAGCCGGCAAAUACGGGAGCGUCAGCGCACGAGCAGUUUUAUUCCGGAUCAGCGCAAUUCGCGGCGCAGUUCUCGGCGCCAUACUCCGCGCCAGCUCAUGAUGCGUUGCAGGGGGGAUCGUCGCUGCACGCGGCGUUAACACAGCAGUUGAUCCAGGAAGCGGCGCGUCAUUCUGCGUUCACUCAGCAGUUGACUCAUGAUGCGAUCCAUGGCGGAGGAUCUCAACAAAAUCCAACGUUUACCCAGCAGAAUCCAACGUUCACUCAGCAGCAACAGCCAACGUUCACUCAGCAGCAGCAACAGCAGCAGCCAACGUUCAGUCAGCAGCAACAGCCAACGUUCACUCAGCAGCAGCAGCAACCAACGUUCACUCAGCAGCAUCAGACGUUCACGCAGCAGUUGACGGGAGGGGGAGUUGUGCACCAGGAGCCGUUGGCAGCGGAAGAUGCGCCGCACGGGGAGGCGCCGCUGCAAGGGACUCAAAAGGAGGUCACAGUCAAGGUCGAGGAAGGCGCUGGUCCGGAUUCCGGGACGGGCGCCGGAAAUCGCUCCCCCGCCGUCGUUUCUAACGGUGCUUCCGCAAGUGGCGUUUUCUCCAUGCUCCUAGACAUGCAGCACCAGCAGCAGCCGCUGCAGACCCCGCUCACCCCCGUCCCCUCUGUUCCCCCGCUUGCUCCUCUUCGUCCUGGCGAUCCCAAGUCCCCGAGUGCUGCUGCUGUGGCGUCUGGGUUUGGUAAGACGGGGUUGCAGGGCCAGCAGGCGCGACCUGCGAAUAAGUAUGACGCGCAGAAGCAGCGGGAUUGGAACAAUUUCAGCCAGUAUUUGGCAAGGCAUCAGCCGCCUGUGGCAAUGAUUCGCGCUACACCGCGUCAUGUGGUGGAAUACAUGCGUUAUAUGGACCAAUUUGGGCGGACGCGCGUACACGAUUUAGGGUGUCCGUUAUAUGGGUCUAGCUCAGUACGGGAGUCAUGUGUCUGUCCCAUGAAGCAGGCGUGGGGGAGUCUGGACGCUCUGAUUGGCCGGCUGCGAGCCGCUUUCGAGGAGAACGGAGGGCGGCCGGAAACGAAUCCGUUUGCAACGCGAAUGGAUGUUGACAGGUGUUCCAACGUGUUGGUUUGCGAAUUGUUGCUGGACAUGUGGAUCCUUAGUGAAUGA